GAAUAUAGGAGCAUCAAAGACUAUGCAGUGAACGCCAGUGGGAUAACAAAGGAGUAUCAAGAAUGGUUUGAUCAACUACCAGGGGCUAACAAGAAAGCUGUUGAGCAAUUUAAAGUGUUUGACCAGAUGUUAACUAUGAAGUAUAAAGAGAAUCUUCAAUUGAUAAAAUCGCAAUCAGUAAGGGCGAACAUGAAAGGUACUUUUCAACAACUCGCUUCUCAUGAUUGUCUUAGAAUCGUGAACUCAGAAGACGAAGGGUUGGAAGAAGAAAGAAAAAAAGAUUCAUAUAGCAAAUUUGUAAGGGCGAACAUGAAAGCCACUUUUCGACAAUACGCUUCUCAUGAGCCUCUUGAACUCGUGAGCUUUGAAGACCACGAAGUUGAAGAAGAAAGAAAAAGAGAUUCAUAUAGAAAAUUUGAGGCUGAAAUAAAAACGGUUACGGAAACAAAAGAAUCUAAACGACGGUUUAAACUCCUACGAAAAGUUUUCUUUAUGUUUCACAAUUGUUAUUCACAAAAUAAACGAAGGCCAAAACUGCUAGAAGGUUUGUUUAUGCUUAGCAUUUGUUAUUCACAAAAUAAACGAAUGUUAAAACUACUAAAAGAUAUGCAUGGUCGAAGAGGAGCUUUACUUAAAGGGGCUGACAAGAUAACUGUUACGGAAAUAAAAGAGGUUCACAAGAAAGCUCACAUGGAUUUUAAAGGGUUAUUAACGGACGCCGAAGACGAUUUUGCAAUCGAAGCUUUGCGCAAACCGGUUGAAAAUGUCAUCAUGAAAUAUAAACGACGUUUAAAACUGCUAGAAGCAAAGUAUGAUCGAAGAGGAGUUUUACUUAAAGGGGCUGACAAGAAAACUGUAACGGAAAUAAAAGGGACGAUGCAAUAUUAUCAUCGCAUAGAAUCUCGUGAAUACACUGAAACAACAACGAACGAUAAGGAAUGUAGAACACAGUUGAACGCUUACGUAAAAAUCACACUCGAAAUGCUCAAUAUUGCAUUAGAAAUUGUGAGUUCAAAGUUGAUUUUGCACAGAAAUAUUUUUCCUGAAGUAAUACGAAUGUUCCUACACUUUCCAACGAUGGAGGAGGAUGACUCUAAAGAACAAAAGCUCCAGUAGAAGAAACAAACUGUUGUAAAGACGUUUGAAUAUUAAUUGUAUGCAGUGCAAUUAGGCAAGCUGUAUUAAGACAACUAACAGCGUUAUGGAACAUUGAUAUUAACGUCCUGGUAUUGACGUCAUAGUUUUUACAUGAGCGAUUGAGUUUUUAUAUGUGUAUGUGAAUGUGUAAUAUGCACAACGAUCUUUUUGCUGAAUUGUGAUUUUAGACACUGGUAUUCACACUAAGUGUUGUGUCUAGUACAUUAUAGAACUUAUUAUUAAAAAAACACGAAACUUAAACCCUACGUAAUAUUUUAUAAUAUCUGUCAUUUUGAUUAUGUUUAUCAUUGAAACAGAAGUAUUGUUUGAAGUACAUACACGUUUUGCCCGA